AUGAGAUUCAUAUUAAUAUUAUGGAUAUUGUUUUUGUUGUAUGGUUGUUUUGUGGGUGUAUAUGGUGAAAGAAGGUUUGUGAAAAUACAAGUAACAAGUUUUAAUGUUACUUCUUCUAUGACUCAAAAUCAACAACACAGUUUUCUCACAAAAGCUGUUCAUUUCUUUUGGAAAACAGAUGGAUUAGGUUAUACACAUGUCUGGCCGGAAAUGGAGUUUGGAUGGCAAAUAGUAUUAGGUAGUUUUGUUGGUUUUUGUGGAGCAGCAUUUGGAAGUGCUGGUGGCAUUGGUGGUGGUGGAAUAUUUGUUUCUAUGCUUACUCUUAUUAUUGGAUUUGAUCCCAAAUCAUCCACUGCUAUCUCAAAAUGUAUGGUGAUGGGUGUAUCCCUUGCAUCAGCUUACUACAACCUUAAACUGAGACAUCCUACCUUAAAUAUGCCAAUAAUUGACUAUGAUUUGGCACUUCUCAUUCAACCUAUGCUCAUGCUUGGUAUCAGCAUUGGAGUUAUCUUCAAUGUUGUGUUUCCUGAUUGGCUUGUAACAAUAUUGCUUAUUGUUAUUUUCUUAGGCACAUCAACUAAGGCAUUUUUUAAAGGGGCUGAAACAUGGAAAAAGGAAACCAUAGUGAAAAAGGAGGAGGCUGCCAGGAAACAAGAAUCAACUGGUUUUGAAGGUGAAGCUGAAUACAAACCUCUUUCAACUGGACCAAAUGGUGCCAUUGAAAAUGAAACAAAGGUGACUAUAAGUGAAAAUGUGGACUGGAAAAUGUUUGGACUUCUUACACUUGUUUGGGUUUCAUUCAUUGCACUACAGAUUGCUAAGCAAAACACAUCUACAUGUUCAACAACAUAUUGGGUUCUCAACUUUUUGCAGAUUCCAAUCUCAAUUGGGGUAUCUUCAUACAAGGCAACUGAGUUAUUCACAAGGAAAAGAGAAAUUGCUUCCACAGGUGAUCAAGGGAAAGAAUUUACAGUUAUCAAACUAAUCAUCUAUUGUGUCUUCGGCCUAUUGUCGGGCGUAAUCGGUGGAUUGUUGGGACUAGGAGGCGGAUUCAUUAUUAGUCCACUUUUUCUUGAACUGGGAAUCCCUCCUCAAGUUUCAAGCGCGACAACAACGUUCAUCAUGAUAUUCUCUUCGUCUAUGUGUGUCGUGGAAUACUUCAUGUUGAAACGAUUCCCAGUUCCUUAUGCUCUCUACUUCAACCUGGUGGCUAUUAUUGCAGCCUUGGUUGGACAACAUUUUGUGAGAAAGAUAAUCAACCUAUUUGGGAGAGCAUCUGUCAUCAUCUUUAUUCUUGCUGGUAUAGUAUUUAUCAGUGCAAUCUCACUUGGUGGAGUUGGCAUUUCAAAUAUGGUGCACAAGAUUGCAAUGCAUGAAUAUAUGGGAUUUGAGAAUAUAUGCAAGUAUGGGUCAUAG